AUGGCACUUGUGAUGUAUUUUGUGCUUUUGCUUGCCCUCACUGGCCAUUCAAGUGCUCUUUACUGUGUGUGUAAAGAUGGUGUGGGUGAUCAAGCUCUUCAGAAAGCAAUAGAUUAUGCAUGUGGUGCAGGAGCUGAUUGUACCCCUAUUCUUCAGAAUGGAGCAUGUUUCCAACCUAACACUGUGAAGGAUCACUGCAACUAUGCCGUCAAUAGCUAUUUCCAGAGAAAGGGUCAGGCUCAAGGAAGCUGUGAUUUUGCUGGUGCUGCCACCCCAAGCCAAAAUCCACCUACUUCAGCAUCUACAUGUGUUUACCCCUCAACUCCUGGCAAUGCAGGAACAGGCACCACAGGAACCCCAACAACCACUACACCAACAACAGGCACACCAUCCACCUUAACUCCAACCACUCCCACUAGUACAACUCCAGGCACAACCACUGGCACUGGCACAGGCAGCACCAGUGGUAGUACCACCGCAGGUAACCCUAAUGUGUUUGGAAUUAGUCCAACAUCUUCAACUGGAACAAGCUUCAAUGAUCCAAACACAGGAGUGGUUCACUUGAAUGACACAUGCAUGUUGCUAUUGUCCUUGUUUCUCACCAUUUUGCUAGUGUUGAGGGUCUAA